AAAUUUGCUUAAACCUAUGUAGAAUAAUAACUUGUCAUGAUAAGUUAGAAGAGGAGUGCUAACAACACUUUUUUUUUAACACACUACGAGUGUACCUCUGACUAAAAUUUAUUGAAAAUAGCCGAUAUGGUGGAUCCCAUUUCUAAUUUAGUGACUGUUUCGAUUUGAAAGUGAAGCCUACUAAAAUUAGUGAUUUCAAAUAAAUUUCAAUAAAUUAUAGAGUGAGUGUAUCCGACAUUCCUCUAAAAUGAAAAAUUUAUGAUGUGGUUAAUUGUUACGAGUCUUUUUGUGUACUGCGGUUUAUGUAUGUAUUUAUUUAUUUCCCUUUGUGUCUUCCCUUCUUCCUAACAUGUUUUUGUUCUGUUGUUACUGUAGUGUUUUGACUUUAACAACUUCAUUAGUAUCAAUUCUAAAAGGCCAUCCUGGCGCUGCCCUCAUUGCAAUCAGUAUGUCUGUUAUGCUGAUAUUCGACUUGACCGAAACAUGGUUGAGAUCCUGAAAAAUGUUGGUGAGAGUAUUACGGAAGUGAUUGUCCUUGCUGAUGGAUCUUGGAAGGCAGUCUCGGAAAAAGAUCAUGAUGUGGAUAAGAUGCAAAAGAAGGCUCCCAACCAUGAAAAGGAACAAACUGAACCACAAGAAUAUACUUGCUCUCCUGCAACUGUUGACCUCACCGAAGAUGAUGAUCAUGUGGAGGCAAUGGACUCUUCUGAAAUUGUAGAUAGAAAACCUCUCCUGGCAUCUAUUCAAAGUCACUUUGUCGCUCCAAAUUCAACUUCCUUGGGUAUGAACACUCCUGGUAUUAAUCGAAAUGUUGCUGGUCAAAUGGAUGACUUUUUGUCUGGGGUUUAUAUUGCCUGUAGUAGGUCUGAUACCCCAAUGGUUGGUACCUUGGAGCUACCUGUUCUGCCCGACACUAUUUCUCCAGCAUUUAAUCAGGAAUCUGCAGGUCGUGACAAUAACCCUGCAGUUAACUCUGGCAUGCGUAAUCAAAUUUCAGGACCAAACAAUUUGCCGAUGCAGAUGAAUCAUAUGAAUUCAGUUAACGAGUAUGGUAGGUCGUCCUCGGUGCCAAGACAUAUUAAUAGAACUCCAGUAGCUGUUCAGGCCCUCCCAGUCCAAUCUCAGGCAUCGGGAGAUACUUUGAAAGCCAUACUUAGUGAUACUGAAAGACAGCAACGUUUUUCUCGAUCCCCAAUGAAUCUGCCUCAGGUCUCAGGUGUGAAUUCACCUGCAUUUCGGCAUCACAAUGCAACACAGAGUCGGGUACCAUUACAGAACCCGCCAACAUCAACUCAAUCGCAGAACCCAUACAGACCUGGUUCGUUAUCUGAUUUUAGAAAUUCACACCUGCAGCAAUCUCUGAAUAUUCGGCCAUCUCGACAGCAUUCAAAUUUCCGACCAUCUACUACCCCAUGGUCUCACAUCCAGCAAAGUGUUCCACAAUCUGGGAAUUUACAGGCUGCAGGCAUGGCUGCUCCACCGGCUGCCAGACAAGGUAUUUCCAAUGCUAGGAAUGUUUCGCCAGCUGCUACCACUGCUCAUGGCCAACAAUCUAGGGGUUUGGCCGCUAAUCAGCCUCCUAGAUGGACACCACUAGUUCCGGUCCAAAAUCAAAGCGGUGCUGCAGGCACACCUUUUGUAACUGACAGUUUCCAGGGAAGAGGAAACACAGCACAUUCAGUCUCUAGGCCUGAUGAAUUAUUCAGUACGCAACCAGAACAGAAUUGGGCUCCCACUGGACGAAUGCGUGGAAGUCUAGAUUUAAGUCAGCCUUACGACGAAUCUAUUGCGCAGCGAAUAAUUACUCCAACACAAACCCAAGGUUCAAGACCACCACCUCCACAACCUCUCCGACGAGCCACUGGGUCGACCCAACAGGAUGUGCUUAUUGCUAACAAUAGAAAUGCAAAUGCUCACAAUCGUCCUUCCACUUGAUGACACUUGUGCAACUCUCCACUUUCUCACAGCCUUCAUCUCAGCACUGUCUGUCUGUAUAUAGACUUAUCUAGUAUAACAGAUACAGAGAAUUACAUUCACAACUUAUUCUCAGACAUCCAUGUUCAAGGUUUUAUUUUGUUAUAUAGAAUAUUUUCUCACAACUUAUUCUCGUA